AUGGCGUCGUCAGAAAAUGAGACUAUCUCUUUGGAUCAUAUCCAUCCAAAACCUGCAAAUCUUGGAGAACAACUCUCCAUUACGGGAAGCAGAGAUCUACUGACAGCUGCCAAUCGUUCUUCUAGAUCCCGCCGAAGCGUUAUGGUCAUUCUUGUUGCUAUUGCAGUGGCAAUUUCUGCAAUCAUCGCGGCAGUGUUCAUUGGAAAAUACGUUUCAGAAUACCUUAGUGAUGAUAACAUGAAAAGCAUCGACGAGUGCAGCACUGGAAUCUAUGUGUGUGACAUAAAUGCAAACUGUACUAACACUGACGACUCUUAUAUCUGCGCCUGCAAGGAAGGAUACACCGGAGACGGGCAUUCAUGCCAAGAUGUCAAUGAGUGUAGCGAUGGCAACCAUGUUUGCGAUGUUAAUUCGAAUUGUAACAACACAAAUGGUUCUCAUAUUUGUACCUGCAAAGAAGGAUACGCUGGAGAUGGACAGUCAUGUCAAGAUAUCGACGAAUGCAGCAAAGGAAGCCAUGAUUGUGACAUAAAUGCGCACUGCACCAACACUGAUGGCUCCCAUAGCUGCACCUGUAAGGAAGGAUACACUGGAAAAGGAGAAUCAUGCCGAGAUAUCGAUGAGUGCCUCAAUAGAAGCCAUGCUUGUGACGUGACUGCGAAUUGUACCAACACUGACGGCUCCCACAUCUGCACCUGUAAGGAAGGAUACACUGGGGACGGACACUCAUGCCAAGAUGUCAAUGAGUGUAGCGAUGGCAACCAUGUUUGCCAUGUCAAUUCGAAUUGUAACAACACAGAUGGUUCUCACAUUUGUACUUGCAAGGAAGGAUACACUGGAGACGGACAGUCAUGUCAAGAUAUCGAUGAAUGCAGCAAUGGAAGCCAUGAUUGUGACGUGAAUGCGAAUUGUACCAACACUAAUGGCUCCCAUAGCUGUACCUGUAAGGAAGGAUACACUGGAAAAGGAGAGUCAUGCCAAGAUAAAAUUAAAUUAGACUUAGAAAAAAGCAGAAUAACCUUUCAUCAGAAAUAA